AUGUUGGCAGUGACAACCCCUCAUCAAGGUAUACACACAAACAACUAUACUGAAGCUUGGCAUCGGAUUUUGAAAGAGCAGUUUGUCGAUACUCAAGAGCGGCGUCGGAUCGAUGAGGUCGUCCAGAUUUUAACCGAUGAAGUACACACAUCGUACCUCAUGACCCAAUCUCAGGUAUCAGAGGGAAUCACAGCCCAGAGGACCAAUCAGUUUCAGUCGCAUGCCAAGGCAAGGGCCGAUGGCUACACCGCAGAAAUCUUGGCACUACUAGGAAUAGCUGUUUACAAGUUCCAAGCUCAUUAUUGUGUGAGCUCGUUCACAAACACCGCCACCACAUUCUACCUAGUUCGAUAUACGGAGCUCAAAGGAGUUGAACUCGGUCGGGUCACCAGCUGUUCUUGCGAAUAUUUCAUGUUAUACGGGUCAGCCUGCAAGCACAUGUACUACCUCUCAAGCGAAUACAACCUACUUGUUGUCGAAAAUCCGAUGGAGUAUAGAAUCAAGCCCACUAGCUACCCAGGCAUAGCCAUGGACCCAUCAAACACCUCAGAAUGGGUGCCAGAUCAUUCGUCCAUGAGGCAGGAGGCCCCAGUCCCACCAAUUGAGGAUCGACCACGCCCCAACGAUGGUUCAAAGGGCCCCAGCAAGAAGAGGCGAACCGAAACUGAUUCUGAGCUACCACCAUCAUUGGUAGUUCCAGCACAGGCAUCAAGCGAUGACACACAACCUUUGCUAACUGCUGACGAGCUGGUACAAGUAAUUAGGAAUCGAGGCGAGACUGUAGAAUCAAUGCGCAUGCCCAACUACACUACCUCUAAUCAACUGUUGAACAUGUCAGUCGAAGAGACCACACGUCACCUGGCAAACUUAGCGGCAUCGGUAGUUACGGCCUUGAAAGGCAUGAACGAAAUACUCAAGUUUGCCAAAACCCGACGUCUGCUGUCUUUGAGGAGCUCACCAGAAACGAUGUGGUGGUUCAUGGAACGGGGAGUCAAAAUACUGAUGGAAGUCUUGGACAGAUGUCCGAAGGCCCCCAAAGCGCAAAUUGUAUACUUCCCGGGCAUAUCUGUUGUCCAAUGCCUCCCUCGCGAUCAGGUCAAACAGCUCAUGGAUCGCUUACAGAAGGCUGGGUGGAAGGCAUUGACCCUAGCCCUUGGACACCUCACUCACAAAGAUCACAAAAUCGAUUUCAUUGCUAACUCGACGGUCUUUGAGAUGGAGUGUUUGAGAGCCGUUUGCUGGGGAUUUUUGGGCUCGAUGGAAAACAUGGUGAAAGGGCAGAAAGAUAGAAAGCAGCAAAGGUGA